CAGCGAGGAUCCUGAAAACCCAUUGGCAGAAUGGGGUCUGAAAACCCAAGCCCGCAGAACCCCAGCUGCAAAAUCAUGACUUUCCAUCCAACGCUGGAGGAGUUCCGGGAUUUUGGAAAGUAUAUUGCUUAUAUCGAAUCCCAGGGUGCUCACAGGGCAGGACUUGCAAAGGUGAUUCCGCCCAAGGAGUGGAAGCCACGCAGGAGCUACGAUGACAUUGACAACAUGGUCAUCCCUGCUCCCAUCCAGCAGGUGGUGACGGGGCAGUCUGGGCUCUUCACUCAGUAUAAUAUUCAGAAGAAACCUAUGCUGGUUGGAGACUAUCGACACUUGGCCAACAGUGAAAAGUACUGUACUCCGCGGCAUCAAGAUUUUGAUGACCUGGAACGCAAAUACUGGAAGAAUCUGACUUUUGUAUCUCCUAUUUAUGGAGCUGAUAUUAGCGGUUCUCUCUAUGAUUCAGAUGUGGAGGAGUGGAAUAUCGGAAAUCUGAACACCCUUCUGGACAUGGUGGAGCAUCAGUGUGGCAUUAUCAUUGAAGGAGUGAACACCCCCUACCUUUAUUUCGGGAUGUGGAAGACCACCUUUGCAUGGCACACAGAAGACAUGGAUCUCUACAGCAUCAAUUACCUGCAUUUUGGAGAGCCCAAAUCUUGGUAUGCCAUUCCACCAGAACAUGGCAAGCGGCUGGAGAGACUGGCGAAAGGGUUUUUCCCUGGGAGCUCUCAAGGCUGUGAUGCCUUCCUCCGUCAUAAGAUGACCCUCAUUUCACCUUCAAUCUUGAAGAAGUACGGAAUCCCCUUUGACCGGAUCACCCAAGAAGCUGGCGAGUUCAUGAUUACCUUUCCUUAUGGCUAUCAUGCUGGAUUCAACCAUGGUUUCAACUGUGCUGAGUCCACCAACUUCGCCACGCUACGAUGGAUUGACUAUGGCAAGAUGGCCACUCAGUGCACAUGCCGGAAAGAUACAGUGAAGAUCUCAAUGGAUGUCUUCGUACGAGUCCUCCAACCAGACCGUUAUGAUCUAUGGAAGCAAGGAAAAGACGUCACAGUUGUGGAGCACAUGAAACCCACAGCUCUCACCAGCCCAGAGCUGGAAUCCUGGAAUCAGAUCAAGGCUGCAGUGAAAGCAAAGAUGCUACGCAGGGCAAACAGGAAACGAAGCCAGCCACGAAGGCAUAAGACUCAGGAUCAGAAGUCUCUGGGGGAUGUCAUGGCUACAGAGACUGCCUUGGAUGAAGUGAAAGUCAAGGAGGAGCAGCAGAGAAUUCCCAGCUUGGAUGAAGAGGAGAAGAGCAAAGAGGGAGAGUGUAAGCCGAAGAGCCGCACCCCAAAAGUCAAAGGGGAGAGGAAGAAGAAACAGCAGCACCCCCUGUCCCGGCCUCCCCAGCUCCCGCUGCAGCAGCUCCUGCCCCCAUUGUUGCUGCCACAGCCUUCUCCUUCCAGACAAGAAGAAGAGCGGCAGCUGCAAGCCCCUCUGGAGGGAGACAGGCUACAGGCCAAGCCCCGAAAAUCUCCCUCCACAGAAGAAAGCACCCCGCCCAUGCCCGCCCUGGAUCCCCUGGCUAUUGAAACCCCUGGCAAGGAGGAGGAGUCCAAGACUCAUCCCCGAAUACAAAAGCUUUACCCUGUUCAGCGGCCCCGAAAGUCCUCAUGUCAGAAGAAACGCAUGUCCUGCCAGCAGAUCUUUGAGAAGUUCCUCACGCAGGAGCAGGGGGUGGAUCUGCGCAUAAAAGACGAGGAGAGCGGAGGAGGAGACAACACAGAGGGACCCACUGAGCCCAGUAAAUUACAGACCACCUCCACUUUCUCAAAACUGAAGAUGGAGAUCAAGAAGAGCCGUCGCCAUCCUCUAGGCAAGCCCCCCACACGUUCCCCACUGUCCGUGGUGAAGCAGGAAGCUGCAUCCAGUGAUGAGGAAACUCUUCCCUUCUCUGGUGAAGAGGAUGUGGGGGAUCCUGAACCACUGAAGUCCUUGCUUUCCCUCCAGUGGAAAAACAAAGCACUCAGCUUCACAGCGGAGAGGAAGUUCAAUGCUGCUGCUGCGCUGAGUGAACCAUACUGUGCUAUCUGCACCCUCUUCUACCCCUAUGAUCAGGCUUUAAAGAUGGAGAAAGAGACCCUGACCCCCUCAGGAGAAGGCUCUGCGCUGCAGCCGCCUUUGAAACAUGGGCAGAAGACCAAGCCUUUGAUCCCUGAAAUGUGCUUCACAUCAAGCGCCGAGAACACGGAGCCCCUCCCGGCCAACUCCUACAUCGGGGAAGACGGGAGCAGCCUCUUGAUCUCCUGUGCCAAGUGCUGCCUGCAGGUCCACGCCAGUUGCUAUGGGAUACACCCUGACCUAGUCAAUGAAGGCUGGACCUGUUCCCGGUGUUCUGCCAACGCCAUGGCUGUGGAUUGCUGUCUCUGUAACCGCAGGGGAGGAGCCCUGCAGAGGACCACAGAUGGAAGGUGGGUCCACGUGAUCUGCGCCAUCGCCAUCCCAGAGGCCCGUUUCCUCAACAUCAUCGAGCGCCACCCUGUUGAUAUCACUGCGAUUCCUGAGCAAAGAUGGAAACUGAAAUGCAUGUACUGCCGGAAGCGGAUGAAGAAGGUGUCUGGUGCCUGCAUCCAGUGCUCCUAUGAGCAUUGCUCCACCUCCUUCCACGUCACCUGUGCCCAUGCUGCCGGAGUGCCCAUAGAACCAGACGACUGGCCAUACGUCGUGUCUGUCACCUGCUUCAAACACAAGGCAGCCAGUAACAUCAUACCAUUUUCCAGAGAGGUGUCCCUGGGUCAGACAGUGAUCACGAAGAACCGGAACGGGCUCUACUACCGGUGUAAAGUGAUUGGCACAACAACGCAGACCUUCUAUGAAGUCAAUUUUGAGGAUGGAUCUUACAGCGACAAUGUUUAUCCAGACAGCAUCAUUAGCAGAGACUGCCUCAAGAUGGGCCCUCCUGCUGAAGGGGAGGUGGUUCAGCUGCAGUGGACUGACAGCGUCGCUUGCCAGGCAAAAUUCAUUGGUGCCCAGAUCAGCCAGAUCUUCCAGGUGGAGUUUGAAGACGGCUGCCAGCUGAUGGUCAAACGGGGCAAGAUCUACACCCUGGAGGAAGAACUGCCCAAGAAAGUAAAGUCACGCCUAUCCCUCAGCACCGGGGCUCCUCAGGAAGACGUGUUCUCAGGAGACGACUCGAAGGCUGCCAAGCGCCCUCGGGUGGGCACAGCCUAGAACCCCGAGGACUGGAGGCCGAGCCGUGACUGCUUUGCCCUCAAGGAGCCCCUGCUCCACGCUCUGUUCCAGCUGGGAGCCCAAAGCACCACCACGUUCUAAACCAGGAUGGACCAUUUUGAAGAAACAAAGAACUGCAGCAUUUUAAAAUAGCCUUUUCACAUCCCUGCGACAACAUGAUUUAAGUAGGAAAAACUCUGGCGCGAGAAGCCCAGCUGUGUGCAAUAACUUGCUAUUUACUCCUUUCUCUGGUUCUUGCUCCGGACCCCAGAGGACAGCGUCUUGCUCCGGCCUGCCUCUCUUCUUCCCGGCAAGGAAUUUUUGAAGGGGCAAAACCCAGUUCAUAGAAACUUUGGAAGAAUAUGUGCUAGUGGAGCAUGUCUCACUAGACAUUGGGUCUAUCUUCUAUUUUUGUUUAGUUUUGUUGGUAAAACGCUUGGGAAAGUAUUCAGAAUUUGCAACAAAGGCUCCAGUUUUUCAACCGUG